AUGACUAUAUUGUUAGCUUCAACAUCGACUUAUUUUGGAGUACUUGGAGCUGUAGGAGUUGUAGUGAUAUCAUUGAUCUACUUUGCACAGGAGAAGCUGAUCUACUUCCCAGACACAGAGCACUUCCUCAAGCCCGCUCAAUAUGGCUUCACAAGAGAUAACUUUGAGGAGAUCAUGCUGCGCACCAGAGACGACCUAAACAUACAGAUGUGGAUGUUCAGACAGCCCAACUCAAAGAAGUGUCCAACCAUGCUAUUCUGUCAUUCAAAUGCUGGAAACCUCAGCCACAGACUACCAAACAUCAGACAUCUUUACGACAUGGUCAAGUGCAAUGUACUCAUCAUAUCAUACAGAGGUUAUGGAAAGAGCGAGGGAUCACCAUCAGAGGAAGGAAUCAAACUAGAUGUCAAUGUGGCAAUGGAGUACUUGUUAUCAGAUCAAACAAUCGACUCUUCCAUGAUAUUCAUCUUUGGCCGAUCACUUGGAGGCGCUGUCGCCAUUGAUGCCGCUUCAAGAUUCCCACAAGAUAUUAAGGCAACGAUUCUAGAGAAUACUUUUAUGUCGAUACCUCACAUGGUUGACGUUGUGAUGCCUUGGCUAAAGGUGUUCAAGCCAUUGGUACGCAGUCAAUGGAACAAUUAUCAGGCGAUCGCAAAGUUGACCGCACCGACACUGUUCUUAUCGGGCAAGAGGGAUGAGCUGGUACCAGCCGGACACAUGGCACAGCUAGAGCAGCUGUGCAGAAGUGACAAGAAGAAAAUGAUCGAGUUUGAGAAUGGACAGCACAUGACCUUGAUGAUCCAGCCCAACUACUACAAGUACAUCCGAGAGUUCCUGGAAGGUGUCUUUGGAGUAUGG